AUGUCUGUGGAUAUUGAGGCAACUUAUAAGAAAGUCUCGCAGCUUGAACAUGUUCUUCUUCGACCUGAUACUUAUAUAGGAUCUAUUCAAUACACACAAACGUCAACUUGGGUCUACGAUUCAGAAGCCGAUAAACUUGUUUAUCGAGAAAUAUCUUAUGUGCCUGGAUUGUACAAGAUAUUUGAUGAAAUUCUUGUAAAUGCUGCUGACAAUAAACAAAGAGAUCCCAAAAUGAAUACAAUCAAAGUUGAUAUUGACAAGUUUGUUUUUUUAUUUUGA